AUGGCUUCGCAAAUUGACACAGAAGUCGAAACGAUCACUCCAGAACAGAGAUCGCCAGUCGGUGGUGGGCCAGUCUCAGCGCCGAGGAAGAAUACGGAUGAUUUUGAUGAAGACGAAGAUGCUCCAGAUUAUUCGGGAAGCGAGUCGGAAGAUGCGUACAUCAUGCCCCGCCAAAGACAAGGGCACUACGAAGACGACGAUGAUUCGUCCUCCUAUUAUACCGACGAUGAUGGUCCUGUCGGGGCUCUUGCUUGCUGCUGCGGCGUUCCUUCUUGUUUCAAAAUAAAAGCGACGGAAGAUGUCAGUUUAUACAGACGAUCAUCAAAUGCCAUUCUAAUCAAACUCGCCAUUAUCUGCUUCGUUACCGGCUCCUGUAUGUGGGCUGUGCUUGGCUACUUUCUGCCGAAAGAAUUCUCCGACGACGCGUUUUCUCAUCUCAAAUCUACCUCGACAAGUACGCUCGCCCUCCUGCUUGUUGGUUUCUUUUACAUGCUGACCCUCUUCGGUCUUUCCUACAAAACCCUCAAAAACGUCAACAAUUACGACUAUGCACCGGUGAUGGCAAUUUCGAUCUUCUCCGUGCUCACGUGGCUCAUUUCUACCGCCGCCAAUAUUUACUGCAUUUUGAAAGUCGGCGGCUGGACAAAUUACACGAUUUUCAACGGCGACAUCGCAAGCCAGAUAUUUCCCGGGCGUGCACGCAGAAGUGCUCCAGAGCUGAUCGAUCCUUCCAUCGCCCAGCUGAUUGGAAAAUUUGCGGACAAGUCGACAAAUGAAAUUCUUCAGGCGAUUUUCACCCCUCAGGCUUUUGAGUUGAUUCACUCGGCGGAGAGAAUUGUAAAAUUCUGGCUGAUGGGCGGGUGGUUCAUCUUCAACAUUUUCCUCCUUUCCACUGUGCUUAACUUGCGUCAAUUCCGCCAAGCUUGCGAGGAUUAUGACGAUUCCGAAUAUUCUGAUACCAAGUCCCGCCGCUCUUACUCAAGCAGGACGUCAUCGCGCAGCAGAAGCUCGCUCCGCAGCCGUCAGUCUGGAAAGAGUCGAAGAACUAAUCGCUCAGACUAUCCUCCACGAUAUCGAGACAUCAGUCCUCCUGCUACUUCCGUCAUUUCCGCCCGGAGCAAAAAGUCCGCCUUUUCAACAAGAAUGAAGCCCAUUUCACAACGAGAACCUCUUAUUCACGAAUACAACGACGAGCCAACUUAUCUGACUUUGGCUAACAGUGCUCCAGGAACAAGACAGUCAUUCGCUCAAAAUGCGCUAUCGAAGCGAUCAAGAGCUUCUGUAGCUUGUGCUGAUUUGGGCGCCUCCGUCAACUCCUAUUGCGAUGCGCCAUCGUACAUCUCCACCUCCACCGCACCUCGAGUUGGAAAUGGCUACCGCCCGAGAAAGAACAUUUCCGCGCGCGAAGACUUCCUUCUCCAGCCUUGA